AUGAGAGAUGGCGAUGGAAGGAAAGCCUUAAAGAUUUUACGCGACCACUACGCAAGCCAAGGUAAACCUAGAAUAAUAGCACUUUAUACUGAUCUCACUUCACUCGAGAAAGGAACAAGCGAGACAGUGACAGACUAUCUAAUACGAGCAGAAAGAUCGAUUAUGGCCCUGAAAAACGCUAAAGAGACACUUAGUGACGGGCUUGUUAUUGCCAUGAUAUUAAAAGGUUUACCUGACUCAUACAAACCCUUUGUUGUCCAUAUUACUCAAAGUACAAGUGAAAUUACAUUUGCUAUGUUUAAAUCUCAACUAAAAAGCUUUGAAGAAACAGAGAAGUUUAAUUGUAAGCCAAAGACUGAUCAACAGAUCAAGUAA